UUUCCUAAAAAAAACGGCGAUUUUGAUUUCUUCCGAUUUAGGAAUUAGGGUUCCCGAUUUUGCGAUUCCCCAUACAAGGCGCAGCAGCGCAAGAGGAAGUGGGACUGAAGAAGAAUAUAUUUCGCGCCUCUUCGCGACUCUCCUGCAAAGCGCAUCGCAAGAGGAAGUGAAACUUGAUUCGAAAUUUUGUUCCUGUUAUUCAUUACUCUCAUGCUUGAUUCGACUGUUUCACGAGUGAAAACGAAAUGCCUGGUGGCGGUAAUACGUUCGCCAAGACCAUAUGCUCAAUAUGUUUCGAGGAUCUGAAGCCGAUUGUCGAAGACCUUCAAUCAAUCUCCAGCUGCGGUCAUGUCUUUCAUGAACUAUGUAUUCAACAAUGGUUUGAGUACUGCAAGAAUGGAAAGAAGAAGAAUUGUCCAGUAUGCAAACAAACAUGUUCAACUACCAAUGUGGCUCGGCUUUAUUUCCAGUCUGUUGGUGAUCCAAAUGAUACUGACGUUUCUGAGAAGCCAAUCAACAAGGAGGAUUUGGAGGGAAUUCGCUGGACACUCGAGAAAUUGGAAAAGAAGACUUCAGUUCUCACUUCGAAUUUGAAGAGCAAAGAGGAAGAGAUUCAAGAGCUAUCUGCAAAGCUAAGUUCAAGUGAGAAGCACGCUGACAAGCAAACAGCUUUGAAGAGUGAAGCUUUAAGACAGAAAGUCUGUUUAGAUGAGAUUCUUCAUGAGAAAUCUAAGGCACUGGAUAAAUCAACUCUGGAAUGUAAGGUGCUGCGAGAGAGAAAUUUGGCCUUGGCCCAAGAGCUUGCUUCAGUGAAACUUGCUUCUGACGUGAACUUGGAGGAGGAAGAAAUUGGGAAGCUUGCUUCAUUAGGUAAUGGCAACAAAGAGACAGUUGACAAGUUAAAAAAAACAUUGAUCAUUCGUAACAUGAAUUACAAAGCUCUGAUGGCAAAAUGCAACACAUUGGGUAGAGGUGAGGCCAGUUCUCUCAAGAAACUUGAGAAAUCUAAAGAAAAGAUUAAGAAAAUGAAGGCUAGGAUCCAGGAACUAGAGAUGACUGUUGAAGUAAAAGAGAAUGAUGUUUUGAGGUCGUUAAAAGCUUCAAAGAAAAACCCAGACUGCCCAAGGGAUAAAACUGAACCAAAGGUUAACUCAAUCCAGAUAAAAAAUAUGGUUUCCAAUCAGUUAUCGCCUCAACAAGGAAAAGAUUAUCAGGAAACAGAUUAUCACAUUGUUGAAGACAAUAAUGCCCCUAAAUUCUCUCAUGAACUUCCGAAAAGUGUUUUGCAACCUUCAAGCAGCAAUAAUAUAACUGCUCAUAAGCAGAGUUUGUUGAGGAAAGAAGCCAUUGUUCAAAAGCUGUCCAACAAUGAUGGGACUUCAGAUCCAAUGGACACAAGUGUAGUUAAUACAGUUAACACCAUAACUAUUGAUGAUGAUGAUGCUUUGAUUAUUGGCGACAUUAAAAAAGUUCAAACCCCAUGUCACGGCACCAAGGAAACUCCACCACCAGUUCCAAUUGCCAAGCCAGCAGAUUUUUGCUUCUCGGGAUGGGCUCUCGGUCCUGAUGGAGGCAGAAGGCACUUGGGAAAAUGGUGUAAGCGAUCAAACAAUAACGAGGAAGAAAAAAAGGGUACAAAUAGUAAUUUAAUAGCUGUUGGAGCUGAUGGUAGAGGGGGCAAAAUCAAAGUUUUAAGAUCUUUAGAUCAGUCAUCACCGGAUGUGGAGACUUCAAGUCUUGCAAAGAGAUUAAAGUAUGGAGCCAAAACAGGCAGUUCUUCAUCUUCUCAGUCUCAAGGAUGCUUGCAGAUAGAGCACUUUUUUGCCAAGCAAAGACAUUAACGAGUUUCACUCCCUGGCGGUAAGGGUCUUCUUAAAUGGAGGGAUAUGAAAACUUUUAGUGUGGACCGUUGUUAUCAAUUGGCUAAUUGAGACGAGACUAGGUGGAUUAACGGGUGAACUUGGGGGCACAACAUUCAAUCAAAGAUUUUAUUUUUUGAUUGAAGGAUUGUAUUUUUGAUGGAUGAUGGAUAUGUGUAAGGGGAGUUUAAAUAAAAAAAGUUCCCUGAUCAAACAAACCCUAGAAUUGUUUGAAUAGUUGCAUCUUUGUCAAAUAAUUUA